AUGGUCCGCACAAUCCCCACGUGGGCCUGCGCCGGCCUGCUGCUCGGCGCCUCGGGCGUCUCUGCGCAAUCGGGCGGCGCCCAGUCCGGCCUCAAGUUCGGCGAGAACUGGCUGACGACGGUCAGGGACAGCGAGCUCGUGGCCAAGAACUUCCCGGCCGUCGAGGGCGUCGAGCUCCUGUCGCCCUACUUCCAGGACCCCGAGUCGGUGAAUCCGGCCUUCGUCAACGGCACCGACGGGCCCACCGACGACUUCCAGCUCGACUUCUUCAUCCGGAAGCUCGCGCAGAGGAAUGCCUGGCUGACCUACCAGGCCGCCGACUUCCAGUCCGAGGAGGGCCGGGCGAUCCCCUACGUGUACCUAUCGUCCCCAGGGAGCAGCAGCACGCGGAACGACACGGCGGCGGCGGGCAGCAGCAAGCUGCGCGUGUACAUCCAGGGCGGGAUCCACGGCAACGAGCCGGCGAGCGACCAGUCGGUGCUGGCGCUGCUGGGCAAGAUGGACGCCAACCAGACGUGGGCGGCGUCGAUCCUGGACCGCAUGGACAUCAAGAUCCUGCCGCGCUACAACGUCGACGGCGUGGCCUACUUCCAGCGGCAGCUGUCCAGCAACCUCGACCCGAACCGCGACCACAUCAAGCUGAUGAAGGACCAGACGCGCCGCAUCAAGCAGGUCAUUAGCGACUUUAGCCCGCACAUUGCGAUUGACAUACACGAGUACUCGGCGCCGACCAUCUACGGCGGCCACUACCAACAGGGCUCCGACGCCCUCAUCUCGGGCGGCAUCAACCUCAACAUCCACGGGGCCAUCCGCUCCCUCGUGCUCGACACCUUCAUCCCGGCCAUGGGCGCGCGGCUCGAGGCCCACGGCCUGCGGUGGGAGCACUACGUCACGGGCGCGUCCAACAGCACGCCCGGGUCCGAGAUCGCCUUCACGCAGGCCGUCACGGAGCCGCGCACCAACCGCAACGCCGCGGGGCUCACCCAGGCCGUCUCGUUCCUGCUCGAGACGCGCGGCAUCCGCCUGGCCGACCAGCACUUCCAGCGCCGCGUCGCCACGCACCUGCUCAAGGUCGAGGCCGUCCUCGAGCUCGCGCGCGACCGCGCCGGGGAGGUCUACGGCGAGAUCGAGCGGGCGCGGGCGGAUUUCAUCGCGUCCGACGACCCCAUCGUCGUCACGGACUCGUACACGCCCACCGGCCUCCGCAACUUCACAAUGGUGGACCGCCGCUCCGGCGCCGUCGUGCAGGCGCCCGUGCGGUGGGUCGCCACCACGCCGUCCGUCCCGGAGCUGACCCGCCCCCGCCCCGAGGCCUACCUGAUCCCGCGCACCUGGGCCGCCGUGGCCGAGCGGCUGCGGGUGCUGGGGCUGCGGGUCGAGACGUUGGACGAGGAGUUCAGGGGCCAGGUCGGCACGCUGACGGUGGCCAACUCGACGCUGGAGCGGGAGCUGUACGAGGGCCACGUGCUCAACACGGUCUCGACGCGCGAGGGCAGGCGCGAGGUCGUCCUGCCGCCCGGCAGCUUCAGGGUCAGCACGAGGCAGAAGAAUGCGGCGCUGGCGUUCGUGGCGCUCGAGCCAGAGAACAUUGACAGCUACGUCACUUUCAACAUCAUCCCUGUCUCGGCGGGCGAGGAGUAUCCCAUUUUUAGGAUCCCGAGGUCAUGA